AUGCGGUAUGAAUCCACUCAGAGGCAUAUGGGAGCCUUGUACGUAGGAUAUCAGAAAACUACCGAGCUAGCUACGGGGGCGAGGGGACUGGGUCGAGUCAUGGUCGGGGCCGAUACGGGGACCCUUCGGAUAGGAUCCGAGCGACCCGAGAUGGAACAAUUCGCUGAUAUGACUCUGCUAUCUAAGAGAGCUGAAGGCUCUCCUUAUAUACACCGAGCUUCGGAACAUAAUAUCUCCAGAUCCCGAGCUGCGUCCCAGGCUCUGAGCCCCCAGUCCCAGGCUCCGAGCCCCAGCUCUGAGCCCCAGCCAAGGCUCUCAGUAUACGCGACACACCCCCCAGCGUCAACUUGGCUUGUUGGAGCAGCGCUGCGCGUUUACCCUGUGUUUGUGCUCGUUGCCCCAGGCAGCGCGAUGAUCGUUUCCCUAGGCAGCACAGGUCACGUGCGUGCCCUUCUCUUCUGUAAGUCCCAACAACAUGCCGCGUGUAAGUUAAUGCUUUUGAGAGCUCCAAGAACAACUCCAAACCUGUCUGCGAUCUCCGCUAACGUGUGUAUGAAGCUCAAUAAAGCUAAACGAGCCGCUCGCGCGCGUGCCCUGCGGGGCCGCGCUGCCCGCAAGCCCGCAGCCCCCCGCCGCCCUGCGCCUACCACCGCCCGCCGCCCUGCGCCCACCACCCCCCGUCGGCCCGCGCCCCCCGGUCCGGUCUCGACUCCUCGCCGGCCUCCCCCUGUGGGGAGUGCCAUGAUUCCGCCACUGGCGGUUCGCGCUGCUGGCGCUGUUCCUCCGGGCACAGCUGCCUGCCCCUAUAAGCCCUGUAGCAGUGUUCCCCCCGUCGCCGUCGUCUAUGCGCGGCGCCUUGUUGCGGCGCUCGUCGCGGAGGACGAGCGGGCUGCGUCCCGGCUUCGGCCGGUGGUUCGAGCUCUGCUCGAAGAAGAUGUCGUGGAGGAGGAGGAGG